GAGAUCGACCUCCUCUUAGAACCAGCGAUCACCUGACCUCCUCCUCACCAGAACCAGCGGCUCUCACCACUACAGAUUACAAAUAAUAUAUUGGCAGCGAAGAUGGACAUGGAAUGGUCAAAGGAGCACGUCAUUCAACUGAGAGAGGCCUUCCUCACUCAAAUCGACAUACAAUCGGACUGGAAUUGGAACAAUGCUAAACUAGAUCUGAGAAUAUUAACUGAGAUUUUGGGGUUCAAAAUUGAGCCAUAUGAAGAACCAAGUCCAUUGAUCCUCAACUCUGGGCUGAUGAAUUUUGAGCCCAACAGGUCAUCACUGGCACUAUCAAAACUUCUCAAUUUCAAUCCAGUAAACCGUCCACAAAGAGCAGUAAAUUAUGACCAAUCAAUUCUGAAAGCCGCCCAAUUUCUACUUGGUCAUAUCCCCAAAUUCAACUCAGACCUCAACCAAAAUACAUUCAAGAUAGAAUCAGAACAUCCAGGUCUUUUCAAAUUGAUUACUGAGUUUGCCAAGGUCUAUCAAGCUCGUUUGAUUAUCUAUGAGCUCUGCUCAACUGAUUGGGUGUUCAGUAAAUUACUUGCUUGGGACCAAUCUCUCAAACAAAAAAACAUUGAUUUUUUUGAUGAUGAACCAGACCGAUUCUCAAAAGCCAAAGAUCUAAUUGAUCGUGAACUUGGACGAGGUGAAAAUGAUGAACCAAGAGAUACAUAGCUGGUUAACAUGAGCAUACCCACUGAAUUUUUAAAGCUUCCUUCCAUUGCAUUACUCUUCUCUUG